AUGGAUUUAAAAAUAUAAACUUAAAGUCAAACAUUCCAAAUUUAUAUUCAAAAUUUAACUAUAAGAGAUCUUAAAUCAGAAUUAAAAAGAUUAAGGAUACUAUUGAAAGACAUUGUGUUAUAGUAAAAUAUUAUAACCAAACAUUAGUUUCUAUGAUAGCGAUUGUGAUAAAAUUGUAAUCAUUGACGAUAAAGAUAUUUAAUAUGCAUUUGAAUAAGGAAAAUAAAGAAAAAGAAAUAUAAUAAAAUUUUAUAUCUACUAUUAGUUAAAGGUAGCAAAAAUUAAUAAAACUAACAUUUUAAAUAAGAAAUCUAUAGAAUAAAUAACCUCUGAUGAUAGUGAAAUAAUAAAUAAAUCUCCUGUUAGUAAUUAGAGUUAUCAACUACCCUCUGCUAUUUUUUAGACUAGAGAAUAGAAAUUAUAGAUAGUUAUAGAAAAUUACAUGGAUAAACUUUUGAGUGAAAUGUAUGAAAUUUGA